AUGCACACAUUACUGGUCAACUCGCCUCAAAAUAUUUUCACUGAGCUCAAGUUACCGCUGAACACCCCUUCCGACUCUAUUCGGGCUAUUCUUUUGCAGCGGACGAGCGAUACGGUGUUGCCACCCGAAAUGGAUCGUGUUUUGACGAAGCUGAAGUUGUUGGAAGUUAGGAGACUCUAUGUUCGAUUUGGACACGACGUCUUUGCUACCUGUGACUACUGCCAAUCUUUUGGUGAUUACGCGCUUUAUGCACUUCCGCGUCCCCUGCUUUCAUACGUUCGUGAGGUCGCAGUCAUCGGCCUCUUCACGCUCCCAACGACACCGCUCGCCCACCUUCGUUCUAUCGGAAUAGGCACCCUCAUUCUUGCAGGACUCACUGAAGCGUAUUGGCUCCUCACAGUCCCUGUUGCGAUUUCCCCAACAGAUGAUAAAUUCUUUUUACGGAUAACAAUGUGGCACGACACCUUACUUCUACUCCGUAACAUCCUCUUUCUUGUUCUGCUCUUCCUCCUACACCUUCCCAGGAUACCACUCAUUGACCUAUUCCCAAUCAUUUCCAACAUGGUACCAAGUCCUAAUCCGACGCCUGCUUCCACUUCCGCGUCAAUCAAAGGAACAAUACAAACGCUUGACCAUCUCAUUCCCGCACUGCACCUUCUCAAAUAUACCCGUGCAGCCCUUAUGCGCAGUCCAGACGCGCGAGAACGUGCUGGUGUAUGGUGGGAUGCGGAGAGGGAGGAAGGCGACGUUGGGAGACGCGAUGAUGGUGUGAGGAGGGCUGCUAAGGGUAUGGAGAUUGGAUACGGUGAAAGAGUGGAGAUAGACGGCGUUAUAGAGGAGGAGGAGGGUAAGUUAUUGACGAAUACGAGGAAGGCUAUAGAGUCACUCCAGGAGAGUGCGCGGCCUAGCGAUCAUUGGAAUGCUCCUUGA